UUUAAUUAAUGUCGUGAUUCAUUAUUAUUUCCUGAUUAAGGGUUUUUUCUCCCUCUUCUAAUUUUGAUUUUUAAUCUUCUCCUUCAUUGCUUUGAAUCGACAAUGCCAUGGUGGGAUUUGAGAUCUGUUUUCGUUUUCAAGAAUUUCAGAUGCUUUUCGCAGUCUCAGAACGGAUUAAGUCAAAGGUUGGAAACUUCUGCUGGAUUUUCUCAACUGUUUCGGCCACUGAUAGCCCACAAGAAACACCAGCAGGGUAGAAUGAGGGAUGCCCAGCCCGGAUCACAUACUGUGAACGUGAGGUCUCAUGGUGUGAUGGUGGCAUCAUAUACUGUGAGGUCUCAUGGUAUAACAGUGGCAAGGACUCAUUUGAAUGACUGGCUGAUCCUAAUACUACUUUUGGGGAUAGUUGUCCUUCUGAAUGCUAUCCAUCUGUUUUAUCGGUUUGUCGGGAAAGACAUGAUGGAAGACCUCAAGUAUCCUUUAAAAAGUAAUACUGUACCUAUUUGGGCUGUGCCAGUGUAUGCUGUUCUGCUGCCUAUGGUUGUUUUUCUGCUCCUUUACUUUCGGCGAAGAGAUGUCUAUGAUCUUCAUCAUGCCAUAUUGGGGAUUUUGUUCUCUGUUGUGGUAACAGCCGUUAUCACAGAUGCUAUAAAAGAUGCAGUUGGACGGCCUAGGCCAGACUUCUUCUGGCGGUGUUUUCCAGAUGGAAAAGAAGUUUACGAUAAAUGGGGAGAUGUUGUAUGCCAUGGUGACAAAAAUGUUGUCAGGGAAGGGCAUAAGAGUUUUCCAAGUGGUCAUACCUCCUUGUCCUUUGCUGGUCUUGGCUUUCUAUCGCUUUAUUUAUCUGGCAAGAUACAAGUCUUUGACUGUAGAGGACAUGUUGCUAAACUGUGUCUCGUAUUACUUCCUCUUCUUCUUGCAUCUCUGGUUGCCAUUUCUCGGGUGGAUGACUAUUGGCAUCAUUGGCAGGAUGUGUUUGCUGGAGGUCUGAUUGGUCUUGUAGUUGCAGCAUUAUGCUAUUUGCAGUUUUUCCCACCUCCAUAUAAUGAUCAAGGCUGGGCAACCUAUGCUUACUUCCGUAUGCUGGAGGAGUCCCAGGGAACUGCAGUAGCUGCUAAUGGUGAAAAUGUCAAUGCAAAUAAUACAUGCAACGCAGAGGUUCAAAUAGAAAGUCGACAGAAUGAUAGAAACAACGACACGUUUACGGGCAUUUCCUUGUCCGGGGAUUCUGGUCCAACCGUGGAAGAUCUAGAAUCUGGGAGGAGGUAGUUUAACUUGAGGCGAUUGAUAUUCGGAAUGACUCAAACAAACACUGGCCCAGAGUCCAUGAAAUGACCUCUUUUGAAGAAAAGAUACAUGGGAUAGACUAGAUUUCAUUUUUACCACACUGAUCACAGGGCAAAUGUUUUACAUAUGCAUGUAAAAAUUGUAAAAAAAAUUCUUAUUGUACAAGUUGCUCAGAAUGUUGUAGCAUUUUAGUUGAUAGAUGUAUGAUAGUGUUACAUGUAACAUCAGUUUAGAGAACAUUUUUGUGAAGCUCGUAAGCACAAAGUGAGAUUAUAACAAAAUUCUCUUUUACC